AUUGAAAGUGAUUGUUAUCAAAUGUAAUAAUUACAAGUUAUUGACUUCGUGGAAUCUCUUUUUCUUUUCAUAACCUAUAAUUUUAUAGAGGUUAUACCACCAUAUGGGCAUUUCGACCGUUCCGUAGAAAAUUACAUCAGAAAAAAUGAGUGGCGAAAAUACUUUAACACCAACCGAAAAAUUUAAUCUCAUAAGUAGAAAUUUGCAAGAAGUACUUGGAGAAGAUAAAUUGAAAGAAAUUUUAACUAAAAAAGAUUUAAGUUUAUAUUGGGGGACAGCAACAACGGGCCGCCCCCAUGUUGCCUAUUUUGUGCCUAUGAGUAAAAUUGGUGAUUUUUUACGAGCAGGAUGUGAAGUUACAAUACUUUUUGCCGAUUUACAUGCUUAUUUGGAUAAUAUGAAAGCACCAUGGGAGUUACUAUCUCUUCGUACUGAUUACUACGAAGCAGUUAUUAAAGCAAUGCUAAAAUCGAUUGGAGUACCAUUGGAAAAAUUGAAAUUUGUUCGUGGUACUGAUUACGAAUUAUCCAAGGAAUAUACUUUAGAUGUUUACAAAUUAAGUUCUUUAAUCACUGAACACGAUGCUAAAAAAGCUGGUGCUGAAGUUGUAAAACAGGUUGAUCAUCCGUUACUAAGUGGCUUAUUAUAUCCAGGUUUACAAGCAUUGGAUGAAGAAUAUUUAAAGGUGGAUGCCCAAUUUGGUGGUAUUGACCAAAGGAAAAUUUUUACAUUUGCUGAAAAAUAUUUACCGCAAUUAGGAUACCAAAAACGAAUUCAUUUAAUGAAUCCCAUGGUUCCGGGAUUAACUGGUGGAAAAAUGAGUUCAUCAGAAGAAGAUAGUAAAAUUGAUUUACUUGACGCACCAGCUGUUGUUAAAAAGAAAUUAAAAAAAGCAUUCUGUGAACCAGGAAAUAUUCAAGAUAAUGGAGUUUUAGCUUUUGUUAAGCAUGUACUUUUACCAAUUUAUAAAAGUGAAAAAGGAUUUGUCAUACCACGAAAUGAAAAAAAUGGUGGUGAUAUUACAUAUCAAACUUAUGAGGAAUUAGAACAAGCUUUUGCAAAGCAAGAUUUACAUCCAGCUGAUUUGAAAGGAGCUGUAGAAAUAUAUAUUAACCAAUUAUUAGAACCAAUUAGGAAAACAUUUGAGGAACCAAAAUUGAAGAAAUUAGCUGAAAGUGCUUAUCCAACGAAAAAAACAAAACAAGAAGCUGUGGCCGAUGUUAUAACACCAUCGAAAUUGGAUAUACGAAUAGGUAAAAUCGUUGAAGUAUCAAAACAUCCGGAAGCUGAUAGUUUGUACGUAGAAAAAAUUGACCUGGGCGAAGAACAACCACGUACAAUUGUUAGUGGCUUAGUAAAUUAUGUACCAAUUGAAGAAAUGCAAGAUCGUAUGGUACUUGUCCUGUGUAAUUUAAAAGCUGCAAAAAUGCGUGGAAUUGAAUCACAAGGUAUGGUAUUAUGUGCAAGUCAAGAGGAACCGAAAGCUGUUGAGCCAUUACAACCACCAGCAAAUGCUAAACCUGGUGAACGUGUUAUUGUUGAAAAUUAUCAGGAUGGUGAACCUGAUGCUGUACUGAAUCCAAAGAAAAAAGUAUGGGAGAAAUUGCAAGUCGAUUUAAAAACUAGUAGUGAUUUAAUUGCACAAUGGCAGGGAAAUAAUUUAAUCACUUUAAGUGAUGGUGGUUUAAUUACUUGCAAAUCACUUAAAAAUGUUCCAAUUAAAUAAAUCACAAGUGCUUGUCUUCUGUGUCUUUGUACUUUUAUUUAACUUUAAUAUAUUUUUAUUACAAAAAAUGCAUUUUAAUUAAUA